AUGGCCAAAUGUAGAGCUGUUGUGGCUGAUGAAAAGCAGUUUGGAGGAACUAUGUCAGCCACUCAAGGGAUGAACCACAGUGGUGUCUACAACUACUUCCUCAACAUGGUGGCCUAUCAGAUAUGCUGUUGCUGUGGACCAGCUCCCUGCUCGCUCUGCUGUGCCUUUUGUCCUCCAGUCAAAUCGUCCACCAGCACGCGGGUCAUGUACACCCUCUUCCACAUCAUGAGCUGCGCCGUCUCUUGCCUCAUGCUGUCCCGCACCGUCUCCGAGCUUGUCAGAGAAAAUGUGCCUUUCUUUAACAUGGUGUGUGACCAGGCGCAUGGCGGAGGCCACUGUGAAAUGCUGGUGGGCUACUCAGCGGUCUACAGAGUCUGCUUUGGCACUUCCUGUUUCUACCUGAUGAUGGCGAUCUUCCUCAUAGAUGUGAAGUCCAGUCAGGACUUCAGAGCACUCAUACACAACGGCUUCUGGUUCCUGAAGUUCAUCACUCUGCUUGGGAUGUGUACCGCUGCCUUCUUCAUCCCAACAGAGUCCUUCUUGCACGCUUGGCAUUAUGUUGGGGUGGUGGGCGGGUUUGCCUUCAUCCUCAUCCAGCUCAUCCUCAUUACAGCUUUUGCACACACCUGGAACAAGAACUGGUUGACUGGUGCAGCAGAAAACAAACGUUGGUAUCUGGCAGUGAUGUGCGCCACCCUCUUUUUUUACACUAUUGCCACCAUGGCCUUCACCUUCAUGUACAAGUACUACACACACCCCAUCGCCUGCCACUUCAACAAGGCCCUGCUGUGGAUCAACCUGGGACUGUGUGGCCUCAUGUCCUUCAUUGCCAUCACACCAUGUGUGAAGCAGAAGCAGCCUCGGUCGGGCCUCCUUCAGGCUUCCAUCAUCAGCUGUUAUGUCAUGUACCUCACUUUCUCUGCGCUGUCCAGCCGCCCGCCAGAGAAAGUGGUGUAUCAGGGCAUGAACAUGACCGUCUGUUACCCCAGUGUGGGACAAGAUGGCAUCCAGAAAGAAGGCAAUGCUGUGGCCGUAAUUGGAGCUGCCAUCAUGUACUGCUGCGUCCUCUUUGCAUGUAAUGAAGCUUCCUACCUGGCAGAGGUGUUUGGUCCGUUUUGGAUGAUCAAAGUUUACCGUUACGAGUUCCAGAAAGCCACCUGCUGCUUCUGCUGCCCUGAGGAAGAGGAAGGUGAGGAUGAGUUUGUGAUGGAUGACGAGAACAAAGGCUGUCAGAAGGUCAUUCACAACGAGACGCAGAGAGUGGCCUACAGCUACUUCUUCUUCCAUUUUGUCUUUUUCUUGGCCUCGCUUUAUGUCAUGAUGACCCUCACUAACUGGUUCAGCUACGAGUCAGCAGUGUUGGAGACCACUUUUACCCACGGCAGCUGGUCUACCUUCUGUGUGAAGAUGUCGUCCUGCUGGGCCUGUGUGAUCCUCUACCUCUGGCUGCUGCUGGGCCCUCUGUGCAGCUGUCAGUCUGAAUCCAGACCUCGCCGUGCACGCAUCAAACGACGGUCAGGAUCCUCCCGCCACGUCUCUGUCAGUGUCUGA